UUUCAAGGUCUAAAGAUGGCACCAAAACGAGAACCGUCAAUUAAAAAGUCUCCAUCAGGGGGAACGUUACCAAGGCAUGGACCACCUUUUCCUUGCCCUGCCACAACACCUUCACCCCCAAAACCAGCUCCUGAGUUGAAACCGCGGAUGCUGCGCCCCUCUGAUUCCCCCUUUGACCCCAGCAUGUUAGAGAUUGAGUUUAACUUGGAUCAAAUACACGAAUUUAAAGAAGCCUUCCUUCUGUUUGACCGGACGGGAGAUGGGAAGAUCACCUAUAGCCAGUGUGGGGAUGUGAUGCGCGCGCUGGGCCAGAAUCCUGUUAAUGCAGAGGUUCUCAAAGUCUUGGGCAACCCAAAGGCAGAAGAAAUGAACCAUAAAUUGCUGGACUUUGAACAGUUCUUGCCCAUGCUCCAGGCCAUCGCCAAGAACAAAGACCAGGGCACGUUUGAGGACUUUGUGGAGGGGCUCAGAGUAUUUGACAAGGAGGGCAACGGCACAGUCAUGGGUGCUGAGCUCCGCCAUGUUCUCACCACACUGGGAGAGAAGAUGACCGAAGAGGAGGUAGAAACGCUUCUAGCCGGACACGAAGAUGCUAAUGGCUGCAUCAAUUAUGAAGAGCUCGUCCGCAUGGUCAUGAGCGGUUGAAGAUAAAGACCACAGCUCAUUUGUUUUUCUUAUUUUCUAUGUAAUAAUUUCUUUAUAUGCAUUUUGUUUUGUUUUUUUCCUAUUCAUUCCGUCACCUUCAUUUGCUUAAUGGCUCCAGUCCUUCGCUCGUGUUUGCACUCAUUUGGGUAUUAUUAUUAGAAGUGCCUUUAUCUUCUUUAAGUUCCCAUAUGACUCUCCAAGAGGUCCACCUCCUGUCCUGUGGUAUUCAAACCAUUAAGUGAUAUGAAAAAGAUAUCUUGUGUGCCGACUGGUCUGCAAUAAAACCUCUCAAUGCAGCACAUUAGCAGUGUGUAUGCAAUAUCCAGUGUAUCCUCAGGCAUCUCUGCUGGACUGUGCUGUAGUAGAAAUGUUGUGUCCGGCCAGACUUUUGUUCUUGGCCUUUUCAGAAUAAAUUAUGAAUCGGAAAUGCAAUAAUAUUUGAAUUAACUUGGAAUGUUCUCACUGUCGAA